AUGGCAGAUUCCCUAAACCCGGCUGGGUCGACAUCACACAUGUCUUCUUCGGCCCUCAUGCCAGCACGUCAUGAUGCCGAAGCCCGCCCACGCAACCGACGCCUCAUCAGCACUGUUGAGGAUUCUUCCACGGCCGGAGGGCCUUUGGAUAGGCUUUCGGCUUCAUUCUCCGCCUUGCGUUUACCAAGCCGCGAGCCAAGCCCCAUGCCUUCCGGCCACUUAUCCCGUGAUACCUCCAAAUCUGGUGCUCGAACUGCAUCUGUUGCCAACCGUCGAAACAAUACCGCACCCAACUCGGCCAGUUUCCUCGAUACCACAUGGUCGCAAGGCUGGGCUUCCAUCCAGGGGCUGGCUUCAUCCCUCCUGUCUGGCGGAAGUGUCCACGACGCGGGAUACGAGUCAGAUCACAGGGAAGGGAGACGGACGAACAUCAAUCCUUUGAAAAGGGAUUACUCUACCCCGCCACGGAAGGCUCCCAAAGACUGGGGUCCUGCACCGCCGUCCAGUACUAGGCCUGCUCACCAGGACAUUGCGGCAGGCUCUCUUGCGGAAAGAGAUGCUGCCCUCAAGGCAGCCCGGACAGCGAGCGUUUUGGAAAGUCAUGACGGAGUUAACGGGGGUCUCGAUGUGUUUGGCAAGUAUAAGAAGAGAAACUCGGACGAGAUCACCAGGGACACUCCACAAGAGGAAGAGAUCCAAGACCAACUGGUGUAUAUACACCAUGUGCAACCAACUGACACCUAUGCCGGCAUAGUGCUCAAGUACAGGUGCCGUGAAGACGCAUUCAGGAAGGCGAACGGCCUGUGGUCUAGAGACAUACUGGUGCGCAAGUGGCUUGCCAUACCAGUAGAUGCAUGCGAAGUCAAGGGUCGCCCUUGCGAACCGCCUUCGCACGAGGGGCAAAAUGUCGACUUGCUCGCUCCAACACCGGAACCUCGAAGCGCUCAUGGAUGGGGCAAAGCGAGCCCGACGCAGCCGCAGCCGCAGCCGCAGCCAGUCGACUUUUUCAGUCUGCCGGUCCUCAAUGGCUCAGCGUCUCGACUCUCCAACAACGAAAACCACGAAGAUCCUCCCUGGUCUCACGUUCGAUGGGUCACACUGGACUCUGUUCCUAAACCAGUUGAGAUUGCCCGCGUGUCGAGCAAAACGAUUGGGUACUUCCCGCCACGAAGGAAGAAGAGCCUCCGAAGCACCUCGAGUAUAUCCACGCCGAGACACUCUCUCGAUGCUGCAGCAAUAACAGCUGGACUCACAGAAAGUCCUGAACAAGUCGGCAGGCCAUCAUCGCGACGCCAAAGCAAUUUGAGCAGUAGGCCCAACUUGCCCGGCACGCCGGGGCGAUCCACUCCGGCGUCCUCGAGGAGCAGGAUGGGCAGUGAUGCGGGUGAUACGCGGCCAGCAUGGAUGAGGAGGCCCGGUGGUGUAGGCUCUUUGGGGCGAAGUGUACGAGCACCUGGUCCGGAGAAAGAUUACCUGAACUCUUGGGCGAAGAAACACCUCCCUGGUAUCGCCAUCGAUGAGUCGCUUCCAUCAAUUUCCGUCAUGGGUUCUGAGACUGCAAAUUUUGGAUUCCGACCGGGUUCUAGCAGCGGCAUUGUGGAAAGUCCUUAUGACGAGGGACAAGAUUUGUUGGCGACGUCCCGACAAGGCUCAGGCCUGGACCGCGCAGCAGCAUCGGUAGAGACAUGGCUUCGAGGCGCAUUCGCAAAAUCUCCGGGCACACCCAUCCUGGGAACCCGUGGCCGUCAAGCAGACGAUCUGGAUCUCAUCGAGUUGACCGACACAAACAGCGAUGAUGGAAGGUUGCCCAUCCCAGCAGGCAGCGGGGUGACCAAUACAGGCUUGCUUGACGCUGCACCAAUGAUGGUCGGCUCGACUGGGAGGAGCGAUGGAGAAGGUUCCGUUAGAGGACGAGGCUUGAGUAACAACGGAGCUGCAGCAAAGGGCAAAAAGUCGGACUAG